AUGAGAAUCCUCCCUCCUGAGGUUAAUCCAUUGGUUCAGAAGAUGGUGUAUCAACAUGAUGGUGGUGAUGUUAGUUACUCAGAUCUUGGUGGGUUAACUCAUCAACUCAAAGAUGUAAGAGACUGGAUUGAACGUCCUCUCAUAGAUCCUGACAUUUUUGAACGAGUUGGUGUAAAGCCUCCCAAGGGAGUGCUUCUCUAUGGACCUCCUGGUACCGGAAAGACAUUGUUAGCCAAAGCAAUCGCUAGCUAUAUCAAUUCAACUUUCUUGAUGGUUGUUUCUAGCUCGCUUGUUAGCAAAUACGUGGGAGAGAGUUCAUUGUUGGUGAGAGAGAUGUUUAAGUAUGCUCGUGAACAUCAACCAUGCAUCAUCUUUAUGGAUGAGAUUGAUGCUGUCGGUAGACGUAGAUCCAGAUACGGAGAAGGAGAAACUAGUGAGUGUAAUAGAGUCCUCGUCGAGCUUCUCUCUCAACUUGAUGGAUUCAACGAACUUGAUAAGGUGAAAGUUAUAAUGGCAACGAACAGACCUGAUGUUCUUGACCCUGCCCUUCUACGACCUGGUAGAAUCGAUAAGAAGAUAGAGUUCUCAUUGCCUAACGAAGAUUCCAGAAUGAGAAUCCUUAAGAUUCAUGCUUCUGGUAUUACUAAACAAGGAGCUAUCGACUACGAAAAAGUCGUGAAGCUAUCUGAGGGAUUCAGUGGAGCAGAUGUGUGUAACAUAUGUACCGAAGCAGGGAUGUUAGCUUUACGUGCAGGGCACGAUUACGUUGUCCCCAACGACUUCAUCAAGGCUGUAACGAAACUAGGCGAAGCGAAGAAACUUGAGUCCAGUGCACAUUACAGUGCUGGUUUCUGAGCGAGUAGUGAUCAGAAACUUAAAGUAGA